UUCUCUCCUAGCUCCAGCAGCGUGAGCUUGGCGAGACACUGUCGCGCGCGGGAACAGCCCGACGCCGUCGACCGCUGUGGGAAAUGGAAGCGGGACUUGGCCGGCCCAAAAAGAGAAAAACCCGCGGCAGCGCGGCGCGCUGCAACGGCCCAGCGGGGACGCGAAGGAGGAAUGAAGGGAUGGGCAUGCGGAAAGGAAGAGAGAAUGAGGGAUGCCAGAGUAGGGAGGCUAAACUGCAGUCAAGAUCCACCCGACUGCUUAGUCUUACAAGCGAGGUGAACUCGUACGUUGGCCGCCUGGUCCGCCUGGCACGUGGCUCAGGUAAGGACUGAACGUCCCGUAAAAAUGCCACAUCGCUAUUGAGUCUGGCCCCCUCGGUGAUACUGAAGCUUCAGCAGCAUGAAAACUCUGAGGCAGUGGGUGGGUGGGGAGGGCGAGCGCUGGGGGAAGGAGGAGCGGCAGCAGCACGAGAGGGAGGGGGGACGGCGCCGCAGGGCGCAGCUGGAGCUCACUGGACCAACAGCAAAAAAAACAACACAAGACUCGCAGAGUGACGGCGCUCCCCCAAAAAGGUUCCAUGACCGUCCGACGCCCGGCACUGCGCCGAGCCUGAGUCUCCAGGCAGAGAGCCGGGCCGCGCCGAGGAAGUCCGCUCGUCAUCACGAGGUACACGGGCUGCACGCGCGGAGAGAAAGAGAGAGAGAGCGAGAGAGAUGUUGACGUGAUGGUGAGUGCGGGAGGGGGGCAGCAAUCAGGUGGCGGCCUUUCCCUUCCUGGGCCGCGAGGAGGUGGGCAUGGAGCAAGCGCUACAACUGUGCCACAGCUAACACGGGCCAGCGGAGUUGGCAAACCAGCACAAUAUGCCAGGGAGGCCGACGGAGGUGCUCAUCUUCCCUCUGCGCCCCUGCGUCGGCGCUCUGCCUCGUUAAGCGCCUCCCC